CACUUUGUAACUCAACACGUGGGUUGCUCUGCAUUUACUCACUCAGAAAAAUAGAGUUGCCAGACGCUCACAUUUAUUAGGACAGUCAAACUUUGAUGGUUCAACUUUCCUCAGCUGUUCACAUCUCACAACGAUCGAUUAAUGGAUAUUUUACCUUUAGUUUGUAUUGUCUCUGCGGCUUUUACAGGUUUAACCAAAGGAGCUGGUGUGUUGCCUGAUGUUCUGAAUGCAGCUGUGGGAAAGUGGGUGAUGUUCACCACAACACUGACUCCACCAGAGAAACCAUUUCUAUCACUGGGCUGGACAUUUGGUGAAAAAAAUAUAAUCACUUUCAGCGGUUUGAAUAUAACUGCACCAGAGUAUGAAGGCAGGAUCACCCUCUUCAUGUCUACUGCAUCUCUGGAGCUCAGACAUCUGACUCUUAAUGACAGUGGCGUAUACACAGUUGACAUUUUUCCACUUGGAGAGCAACAAAAGAAAGGGGAAACAAGACUGGAUGUACAUGUGCCAGUUUCCAAUGUAAUAGCAACAGCCAGCAGCACAGACUUGGUGGAGUUCAACAGCUCUGUCCGUCUGUCCUGCUCCUCCUUUGGAUCCUCUCUGUCUUUCCUCUGGCUGAACGGCAGCUCUGAGGUUACAGAAAGUGACAGAAUUCAGCUCACUGAUGGAGACGCCAAUCUCACUAUAGCUAACAUGACGCGCUACGACCAGGGACCAUUCAGGUGUCGUGCAUCCAAUCCUGUCAGUGAUGGUGACAGUAAUCCAAUAACCUUCUCCAUCAGCUAUGGCCCAGAAAAUGUUAUUUUAACAGUAUCUCCGUCACGACAACACUAUGAGGAAGGGUCAAACAUCGACCUGAUGUGCUCAGCUGACUCCAGACCUGCUGCCUUACUCCUAUGGCUUCUGAAUGGAAACCUGCUGUCUGAUACCGGACGUUAUCUAAGACUGAUGAACAUUCAGAUGAGUCAGAGUGGGAACUACAGUUGUCAGGCCUUCAACAUCAAAACUCUGAGAUAUGAAUCAUCUCCACCUGCCAUCAUCUCUGUACUGAAGAAAAUAUCUGGUGCCUCUGUCACAUCAACCAACGUGCCAAUUGAGGGGAACUCUGUCAACUUGACCUGUGACGCUGCUGGCUCUGUCUUUAGCCGAAAGUGGAUGAAGGAUGGCUCAGAUCUGAUCCUGUCUGACAACAUAAUACUUUACGAUGAGAACAGAGUGCUGUCUUUUAAGAGCCUGACCAAAAAAGACAGUGGAGAAUAUUCCUGUACAGUCAGCAACCCCGUCAGCAGUGAUGAAGCUAAAUACUCCAUGGAGGUCAACUAUGGACCAGAAAAUGUUCAAAUCACAGGUCCAAGUGAGAUACAGCUGAAUGAUAACUUAACUUUAACCUGCUCUGCUGAGUCCAGACCACCUGCCACUUACACCUGGAUACUGAAUGGGAUAAAGAUACACAAUUCUGCUGUGUUCACUAAAGACAACAUUCAACAUUCUGACAGUGGCAUCUACACCUGUGAAACGAUGAAUGACGUAACUGGAAGAAAACUGUCUGCAGACCAUGAAUUGUCUGUAACAGGUACCAGGAAAGGAGGCUGUGGGGGUGGUUGCAUUGCUGGAAUAGUCAUUGCAGUUCUAGUCGUUCUUGCAGCAGCUGGAGGUGGAGGGUACUUCUUUUAUCGAAAAAAGAUACAGAAAAGAAACUCUACCAGCAGAACAGGAGGUGAAGGGCAGGAAAACACAGGAUUCUCAGGAGGUGAAGGGCAGGAAAACACAGGAUUCUCAGGAAAUUCUAAGCAACCCUCCAUCAAACUCCUGUGUUUACCACAGCACUCAACGUCAGGCAUUGAACCAGGAAGAAGAAAUUCAGUUGACACAAUAGAGAGGAAGUGUGUCUUAACCUCAACAGAGCUCCAUUAUGUGGAGGUCAAGUUUGACAAGAUCAAAGGUGGGGCUGUCCAUCCUGGGCCACAGAAUGACACAUCAGAAUAUGUUGAGCUCCAAGUGAACAAAAGUCGUCCUAAACCGUCCUCACCUCCUUCCUAUGAUGACCAUUGGGAACGACAGAAGGGAACAGCUCCUCAGCCUCCCAAUGCCACACAAGUUCCCAGUUCAGGUUUGCGAGAAAGCAACCGCACUGGAUCUGAAGGAUCCUCUGAGGGGGUUAGACCAGAGAAUGGGGUCACAGAAUGUGAAGGAUCCUCUGAGGGGGUUAGACCAGAGAAUGGGAAGGAUUUAGGGUCACAGAAUGUGAAGGAUUCACAGAAUGUGAAGGAUCCUCUGAGGGGGUAGACCAGGGGCCAGAAGCAGCUGACUUGGUUUGUGAAAAAACCUGCACUCCUCUCUCAGUUCCUUUUAUAGGGGACUACUUUGGACUUGAGUUUAUUUAGUCACAGCACUUUAGCAGCAGUUAAUAAUCAACCAGUCUGUGACAGUUAUUGCCGUGACUGAGGUCACACAGCACAAUGCUGGCCUAUUCGCUUUCAUUCACAUAUAACAGCUUUGUUUGUCUGUGCACAGUUAAUGCAAAGCGCACAUUACAUGUGAGUGGAAAUUUUCUCUUUAAGUGUGUGUGGUUUCAUCUUUGACUCCUCGUGUGUACAGUGUGAUGCCAUUUGAGAUUACUGUUUUUCAAUUAUAGGGAUGGGAAUUGAUAGGAUUUUAUUGAUAUCAGUGCCAUUAUCGA